UAAUAUUGUAAUGACUACUUUUUAUUAUUAAAACAAAUCGCUAGUGCGAUGGUGCGUCUCCGUGUGUGUGCGUUUAAAUAAAGAAAAUUGUUCGUUUUCAAACGGGUUUUCUUUGGUUUCUGUGAUACAGUUUGUGAUUUGUUAUUGGUUGUGUUAUUCAUACAUAAAAAAUGCCGUUCACACUGGUAGGGAAGGUGGUGACGGGCGUAGUGGCUCUUGGCGUUAUUGCUGGACUGACUACGGUCAUAGUCCUGACAGUCAACGAAUCCAAUGGCAAGGAGAGUACAACAGAAUCUCCAACAACAACAACUCCUUCUUCCACGACCCCAACUAGUACUACAGAAGGCAGUGAUCUGCCGUACAGAGUGGGAGUUGGAAUAGCUGAUAUGACAGGACCGUGUGUGGAGAUUACUUUUAUGGGCUACGCGGAGGUGGGGCAGCGUGGCCAAGGUAUCCACACGCGUCAGUUCGCCAGGUCAUUCAUCUUCGCGGAGGGAGACAGCCGAGUGGUGCUGGUCACGGCCGAGGUACAGGCUGUUGGCAUUGCCGUCAGACGAGAGGUUGUGAAGAAUCUCCAAGAGAGGUAUGGCGAUAUGUACAACUUGAGGAACGUGAUCCUCACAGGCACUCACACACACAGCACUCCGGGAGGUCACAUGGUGGACUUUAUUCUUGACAUCAGCAUCCUCGGCUUCUCCCGUGAAACUUUCUCCGCUUACGUCGACGGAAUCACCAGGAGUAUAAUCCGCGCUCACGAAAACAUGGUGCCAGCUCGUUUGUUCUUUGGGCAGACAACAGUGACUGGUGCCCAAAUGAACAGAUCUCCGUUCUCUUACGGUGAAAAUCCUAAAGAAGAGAGAGCCAGAUACGAAGACUUGGGCAACCAGACGGACAUAACUCUGACUCAAGUGAAGAUCGUGAGGGAGGACGGUCGCCUGCACGGAGUGAUGAAUUGGUACGCAGUACAUACCACCAGCAUGAACAUGACCAACCAGCUGGUAUCCUCGGACAACUUGGGGUAUGCCGCGCUGAGGAUGGAGAAAGAAUUGAACCCAUGGAGCAAACCUGGCAAGCCAGAGAUAGUGGCCGGUUUCUUCUCCUCGAACCUUGGCGACGUGUCUCCGAACACACAGGGAGCUCGCUGCGAGUUCUCAGGCAAGGAGUGUGACAACCAGUUCCUCAUCUGUCAACACAUGGAGCGCUGCUUCGCCCAGGGACCUGGUCGGGAUAUGAUGGAGAGCACCAAGAUCAUUGGAACUGCUGUAUUUGAAGGAGCUUUGGAAGUACUAAACACUCCCGAAGAAGAGCUUGAAGAGCUGACUGGAAGUAUUUCAGUUCGACACCAAUUCAUGAAGAUGGAUGAGCAGCGUGUGCCGAAAUAUAAUACACUCCAGGAGACUUUUGAUGAAGAAAACAUGGUAACAGGAUGUGUACCAGCGUUGGGGUACAGUUUCGCAUCAGGAACUGUAGAUGGAGCCAAUACGAUGAACAUUACACAGGGUACAUUGGAGCCUAUGCCGAUACUGGGCUUCGUCGCCAGUCUCAUCGGAGCAGCCACUGACGAGGACAAGGAAUGCCAUCAUCCGAAGCCCAUCUUGCUGGCUACUGGACGGGCAAACUUCCCUAUCCCAUGGCAUCCUCACAUCAUAUCAGCCUCCGUCGUCUGGUUGGGCAGUUUUGCCAUCCUGGGAGUUCCUGGAGAACCGACCACCAUGGCCGGCAGACGUAUGAGGGCGGCCGUCGGUAAGCUCAUGGCAAGCAAGGGAAUCGAACCUAAAGUUGUUGUUUCCGGACUGACGAACGAGUACAUACAUUAUAUCACCACCUUGGAAGAGUAUCAGGUACAACGGUACGAGGCGGCAUCCACUCUGUAUGGUCCUCACACGCUCGACGUAUUCAUCAACAAGUUCGUCGAACUCACCACUGCUAUUAUUGAGGAUACAGAAGUAGACGAAGGUCCGUCUCCACCAGACCAUAGAAACCGCCUCCUGUCUCUGAUCACUCCUGUGGUGCUGGACUCCACUCCUCUCUCCCGAAACUUUGGAGACUGCGUCAUACAGCCACCAGCUCGCGUGAAGAGAGGAGAUGUGGUGUCUGCUACUUUUGUCGGUGCAAAUCCCCGUAAUGACUUGAAACACGAAGAGAGUCACGCUGUAGUGGAGAGGUUGGAGCUGUCUGAGUGGGUGGAGUUCGCCACCGAUGCUGACUGGGACACCGUAUUCCGAUGGGAGCGUAUGUCUGUUAUAAGAGGAACAAGUCAGGCGACCUUCGAGUGGAGAGUGCCGGAGGACGCCGUCCUGACUCGAUACCGUAUUGUGUACUAUGGGGCCGCGCGAGCCAUACGCGGGGCUCUCACACCUUUCCGAGGAGUCAGCAACGAGUUUCAACUUUAUUAAUAGUACCAUCUACUAGAUAAAUCGAGAAGUUUUAGAUAAUAUCAAUUAGAUACAAUAUUAUUUAUCACUAUCUGACAGUUAAACAUAUCAAGAACUAACUUUAUUGUAUCAGUCAUCUACCAAAUUCAAUCAAAAUCAGUUUAGCGGUUCAUGCGUAAAGAUGUAAAAGGCACACAGACAAAUAGAAGUACUGAAGUAGUUUGUUGCACAUUUUUAAUAUAUUUUGUAGAUAUUUAGUGUGGACUAAAUAUGAGAAUGGGUUUGAAAAUUAGAUUUCGUAGCAACUACGAAAUCUAAUUUCUAUUUUCGUAGUCGUGUCCGCUACGGCGGCGUAGCUUCGAAAAUGAAAUAUUGAUUAAAUAUAUGUAAGUUUUAUGUAUUAAAUACUCAUGUUAUUUAUUAGUCGUAACCACUAAAAGAUCAAUUGAUAUGAAAAUACAAUUACGACGGAAUAAGCUGAACGUUAUUGUAACCCAAAAUGGGAUCGAAAAUUGACAAAUGGGUGAUUUCUGGUUGUAUGAAAGAAAAAAUACGAUGUACCUAUUGAAUAAAUACGAUGAACAUUGCCCAAAUUGGUAGUUUGUGUUUGCUAACAAUUAAUAGGUAAUUUUCUAGUUAAAUAUAAAUACUUUUGUAAAUAUACUUUUUGUACUUUGUAUAUAGAUAUUAUAUAUUGUAUAUCAAUAUGUAACUAAAGGAGAUCACCCACACUUAGUACAAUUUUGGUUUAAAUUCGAAAGUGCCGGGUUUAUAAUAAUCUGUUAACACUUUUAGAACUUAAACCAAAAUGGAUGAUGUCCUUUAGAGUAAAUUAUAGCUACUGUACACUGCAGGUAGUUUAAUGUUAUGUAGUGUCUAACUAAAUAGUUAGGUGUUAUUAAUUAGGUAAAUUAUGUUCAUACUGUGAAUUGUAUAUUUUUAUACUAACGUAGAUAUUAUAAUAAAAAGUUUCAUGUAUA